AGAAUGUCGAACAAGAAGAAGAAACAGAGUACAACAACGGAAGAUUACGGUUCCCUCCGUUACCGUGACGUCAAAGGCAAAGAAGAUUUCUUCGAUGAAAUCGAGUACGAAGUUUCUUCAAUCUUAUUGGAACUUUCGCAUCCCGUCGUAUUCUCUUCCGAUCCUCCUCUUCCACAUAAAUGGGGUCGCACUAAAAAGAGGUCUAGUUCCGUUUUACUGCAUCCGCCGGAGAAUUCUCCGGAGCCGGUGAUAAAAUCGCUGCCAAAGACGGAGGUCGGCGAGUUGGGAAGUACAUCGAGUUCUUCGUGCUUAACCGGCGAGGCUAAGAAAACCAGUCCCCAAAGCGUUAAUAAAGGUUUAGAGGAAGAAUUUUCUACGGCAAAUCAGAGGUCGAAGCUUUCAUCUCAGCUAAGCGCAUCGUCCUGCUCGGUUCUCAAGGCGGAGACGGGUUUAAUUAGGGCGCAAGCUGGGUUACUAGCCCAGCCCAUUGCGGAGAUGAGAAGACUAAUAGAUUACCAAAGCCUGCGUCAUCUACAGCCGUCGAUAUUCGUUGAUCGUACGGCCAACGUGAGGGAUGUUGAAACGGUGACGUUGCGACAACAAGCGACGCAUGAUAAUAACUUGGGAAGACGUGGCUUUGAUCUGAACCUUCCCGCAGAAGAGGAAGGUACUAGCCGUUUUGUGGCAACAACCAAAGCCCAAGCAGCUGCUCAAGCACGACAAAGAAGAUUAGGUUUAAUGAGGUCUAAGAAGCUUCUUUAUAGUAGAUGA